AUGCCGAAACCCAAGCUGCAAUCGCUCAGGUCCCAGCUCAUGGGCGCCAUGAUCGAAAACUAUGAAGGCAAAAAGUUCCUCGCCGACUCGACGCUCGCCCGCAUCACCAGCGAGACCGACCUCGAAGGCUGUCUCUGCGAAGCCGAGGUUGGUCCAGCGACGGUGCGGAAAGAGGUCCACGAUACAGUCCUGAAUGGGGGCAACAAGACGUUUGCCAUCCUCGCCAUGAUGGAGAGCCAGCCUGUAGAGCUGCUGCUAAAUUUCCUCAAGGUCGAUCAGUUGAAUUUGGGGAAUCUAGACUCACGGCUGCCGUACAAGUACAUGGAUCACCUCAAAGAGAUCCUAGGCAGUCACCCCCUUGCUUUCGAGUUCUUCAACUGCCAGUGGUUUGUCAUGUCUCCGCUAUUUCGAGAAGACCGUAGUGAUCGAAAUUUCAACGAGCAUACGGCCAAGCUCGCGUGCAAGGAGAUGGCGGUCGCUCCAGUAUCCGACACAUUCACGAACGAGAAGCAGAUCCUUCUCUUGCUUCGCCAAAUCCGCCACGCAAACAUGAUUCAACUGCUAGCGUCAUACUCAAUUAAAACCCAAGAGUCCGGCUUGACUCGGUGCCUCAUGUUCCCGCUUGCCGACACGUCGCUGCAGACCCUGCUCGACCAGGAUGUGAACAAUAUUGUGCCCGUCUACUUCCAGUCCAACGAAGAAUUCCUGCACCAACUAUACGGCCUUGCCUCCGCCCUUGAGAGCCUGCACAACUACGUCGACGCCGCCGAAGGCGUUAGAAUGAAAGGCUCCCACUUCGACCUUGCGCCGCGCAACAUCCUCGUCAAGAAAGGAAAGCUUCUGCUUGCUGAUUUUGGGCUGUCACGCAUACGCCGCGAGUCGUCGGAUUCCAAGACCCCCUUCAAAGGCGGAGCUGGUGAUUUCCUGGCCCCGAGUGUACCGUUGAGGGCUUCACACCGGACUAUGAGCACGGGCGCAAGAGUGACGUGUGGUCGUUUGGCGACGUGGUUAACCAAGCGGAAGAAUGACCUUCCUUCGACAGAGCGUGCUGCACUCAACCUAGCUCUGUGGAUGCUAAGUCCAAAGCCAGAGCAGCGGCCGGCCAUGGACGAAGUCUCGACGUACCUCUAUCUCGUCACACACCACGCUCUCCUUCGAGUCAUUGAUGACCAGUUUGUACGUCUACUGGAGAAGAGACGUGCCAUGCAGCUAGAAAUAGAGCAUCACAGAUUUACUAUUUGGAAUAUCAUGGCGGGCCUGACUGCCGAGCUUGACAACCCGGCCAAAGAACUCCGCCCAGAGGAUAGCAAGGUCUCUUGGCUGGUGGAAGGGAGGACGCAGUUCCAGGCCGUUUCGGACAUCUUUCAGAACAUUCGAGAGGAAAACGAAUUCCUUCUUGCAGGGUUGAAUCAGGACAGCCCUAUUGCGCCUGUGUACAACCGGCUUCGAGAGUUGAACGGCAUGCUAUGGAACAUGGCUCCGCUGAAGGAGAGAACCGAGAUGCUGACCACACUAGAAGGCGCCCUGGAUCAGGUAUACGAUACUCACAACAUCCAAGAUCGUGAAGUGUCCAGUGCUACUAACAUACCGUCCUGGGAAAGACAAGCGCUGCUGCUCGCGAGGAUGCGCUUUAUGAAGAAGAAAUCUGAAGCCGCCACGCGAUCUCGCGAUGAAUCCCUGGCCAUCUCGUCUAGUUUGGUCAAACAUAAGAGAAAAGAGGGACAAGUCGACAUUUUCUCCAUAGAGAAGCAACCGUCGCGCUAUCUCUGCGAGUGGGUUGCCUACCAGCUACAUACAGUCGACCAAGUACCAGAGAGGCUUUUCUCGCGCGUCGAAUCCAUUGCGCGCCAAUUCGCCGUCCAGCCCAAACCGGACGACUUCAAUGUCCUGCACUGCCGGCACUACUUCCACGACCUCCCAGGAUUCCGUUUCGGAUUGCUCUUUGAGCUCCCAGGCAAUGAACCGCCCGUGACGCUGCGCCGGAUCAUGAAGCAGACGAUGCGGCCCUCGCUCCAAUGUCCCUUCUCCCUGGCGCAGGCGAUAGUCAAGAGCGUGCAUUACUUCCACCGCGCUGGGUGGGCGCACAAGAACGUGAGCUCGCACAACGUCGUGUUCUUUGACAAGCAGCUUAGCGAGCCGGCAAAGCGUGAUGAGCCGGCCGAUGAGCUUCCUACUCCUUAUCUCGUUGGUUUCAACCACAGCCGACCGAUGGGCCCGGCCACCUUCACAAUCGGCGCCGCAGACAUCGACAAACUCUACCUGCACCCAGAUUACCGCGCGGUGCCGGAGCCACGAUUUCAUCUAGGAUAUGACCACUUCAGCGUGGGCCUGCUCCUCCUUGAGAUUGGUCUGUGGGAGCCCAUCACGAGAUCGCGCCUGCUCGGCAAGCGGAGCAUUGAAGAUUUCGAGUCCCGGGAGCUCCAUGAGCUCUGGCGCGAGCACGGCGUGCCGCUGUUGGGUCCGUUGAUGGGGAAAACAUUCAGAGACGCCGUGGCCUUGUGCCUAGGCGAUGAGCUUGUGCAGAUGACGGACUCAGGGGCAUCCCAGGAAUUCGGAAAGCGCGUGGUGGCGGAGCUGGGAAGAUGCUGUGUCUGAUGGCAUGGGGCGACGAUAUAAUUGAUUAUUUACAGGCGCAGCACCUUUUUCUAAAGAGCGAUCGGCCCUGUUCGCCCCAUGGCCUGAUCCCUACGCAGCCAGCGCUGGUUCUCCAUAUGAACACUGAAGUUGGCGACUGCGUCGACGAGCGUUUGCGUGUAGACGAGGGAGCGCCACACGGGCUUGAAGAUGCGCUUUCGCAUCCAGGCCGCGGCUUCCAGUCCGACUUUUGACCCGGCUCUUGAACUGUUCCAGGUCUCGGCGAAGCGCGAUCGGUGUCCACGCUGGGAGUCGGAGAUGGCCUGAUCCUCUUCCACGUUUAUCUCAUCCAUGGGUGCGUCGUUGAGCGGAGAGCCACAUUCUG